CGGACGGCGGAUACAGAUUCAAUUCCUUCCGAAACACCACCGAUCUUCAUGGUCGUCAUCCCCCAAACGUCAUUUCUCUCUCUCCUCCGGGGCGCCAAAAGAACUCCUCUUUAUCCAGAAAUUGAAAAAAAGAGAAAAAAUAAUAUUAGGCAGAGAGAUCGUUCUAACAUUACGCUGACGCAAAUCGAAGAAGAGUAAGCUUUACUAAACUCAGAAUUCUGGUUCGUGAGCCGAGCAUGGAGCUCCAAAACACGGUGAAAGAAGCCCUAAACGCUCUCUACCAUCACCCGGACGAUACGGUUCGUCUGCAAGCAGAUCGCUGGCUCCAAGAUUUUCAGCGCACCCUCGACGCCUGGCAGGUUGCUGAUAAUUUGCUUCAUGAUGCCACUAGCAAUCUUGAAACUUUAAUCUUCUGUUCUCAAACCCUUAGGAGCAAGGUACAACGAGAUUUUGAAGAACUUCCUUCUGAAGCUUUUCGUCCCUUAAGGGAUUCCUUAAAUACAUUACUGAAAAAGUUUCACAAAGGGCCUCCUAAAGUUAGAACCCAGAUUAGCAUUGCUGUGGCUGCCUUGGCCGUGUAUGUUCCUGCAGAAGAUUGGGGAGAUGGUGGUAUCGUGAAUUGGCUUAGAGAUGAGAUGAAGUCUCAUCCAGAAUACAUACCUGGAUUCUUGGAGCUACUUACGGUUUUGCCUGAGGAAGUAUAUAACUACAAGAUAGCAGCUCGUCCAGAAAGACGUCGCCAAUUUGAAAAAGAGCUCAUUUCUCAAAUGGAGGUAGCUUUAAGUAUUUUGACAGCUUGUCUGAGUAUUAAUGAACUUAAGGAGCAGGUUCUUGAGGCAUUUGCGUCUUGGCUUCGACUGAAGCAUGGGAUCCCUGGAUCUGUGCUUGCUUCUCAUCCCUUGGUGCUCACUGCUCUUUCAAGCUUGAAGUCUGAGUUUCUUUCAGAGGCAGCUGUAAAUGUCAUUUCUGAAUUAAUACACUACACAGCGGCAGGAAGCUCUAGUGAUGUUUCUGCACAGAUGCCUUUGAUCCAAGUAAUUGUACCUCAAGUUAUGAGUUUGAAGGCACAUCUUAAAGAUUCCUCAAAGGAUGAAGAGGACGUGAAGGCCAUUGCUCGAUUAUUUUCUGACAUGGGUGACUCAUAUGUUGAACUGAUUGCCACUGGUUCUGAUGAAUCGAUGUUGAUAGUAAAUGCAUUAUUAGAAGUUGCUUCACACCCAGAAUACUAUAUUGCUGCCAUGACAUUUAACUUUUGGCACAGUCUUCAGGUGGUCUUGACCAAAAGGGAUUCUUAUUUACCACUUGGUAAUGAAGCGUCCAUUGAAGCUGAAAGAAAACGGAGGCAGGAUGCUUUUGUUCCAUCGUAUGAGUCACUUGUAUCCCUGGUUAGCUUUCGAGUUCAAUACCCCCAAGAUUAUCUUGACCUCUCUUAUGAGGACCGCAAAGAAUUUAAACAUACUAGAUAUGCUGUUGCGGAUGUCUUGAUUGAUGCAGCAUCAGUUUUGGGUGGUGAUGCAACUCUGCAAAUCCUUUACAAGAAGCUUGUUGAGGCUGUAGCUCGCUGUGGAAAUGGUGAAAGCGAUGAGUGGUGCCCAGCUGAGGCUGCUUUGUUUUGCAUUCGGGCUAUAUCAAAUUAUGUCUCAGUUGUUGAAGCUGAAGUUAUGCCUCAGGUUAUGAGUUUCCUUCCCAAACUUCCUCAACAACCCCAACUACUUCAGACAGUGUGCUUGACAAUUGGAGCAUACUCAAAGUGGCUUGAUUCUGCAUCAAUUGGACUAUCCAUAUUGCCUUCAUUGAUCGAUAUCCUCAUGAGUGGUAUGGGCACAUCUGAAGAUUCUGCAGCAGCUGCGGCUUUGGCAUUUAAACACAUCUGUGAUGAUUGCCGGAGAAAGCUUUGUGGAUGUUUAGAUGGUCUCUUCCACAUAUAUCACAGGGCAGUUACCGGAGAAGGUAGUUUUAAAGUCUCUGCUGAGGAUUCAUUGCAUCUAGUUGAAGCAUUGAGCAUGGUUAUUACAGAACUUCCUCCUGACAAUGCUAAGAGGGCCCUGGAGGCAUUAUGCUUGCCAGUUGUUGCUCCUUUACAGGAAUCUGUAAGUCAAGGUCCAGAUAUAUUAAACAAGAAAUCUGCUCGUGAGUUAACUGUUCAUAUCGAUCGAUUUGCAUACAUCUUUAGAUACGUAAAUCACCCUGAAGCAGUAGCUGAUGCAAUUCAAAGGCUUUGGCCAAUCUUCAAAGCCAUCUUUGAUCUUCGUGCUUGGGACAUGAGAACAAUGGAGUCUCUUUGCCGAGCUUGCAAAUAUGCUGUGAGAACAUCUGGAAGGUUCAUGGGAAUCACAAUUGGAGCUAUGCUAGAAGAGAUUCAAGGCCUAUAUAAACAGCACCAUCAGCCCUGCUUUCUUUAUCUCUCUAGUGAAGUAAUAAAGAUAUUUGGUUCGGACUCAUCUUGUGCAAGCUAUUUAAAAAAUUUGAUUGAAUCACUCUUCCUUCAUACAACAAGUCUUCUCACAAAUAUUCAGGAAUUUACUGCAAGACCAGAUAUAGCAGAUGAUUGCUUUUUGUUGGCAUCGAGGUGCAUUCGUUAUUGUCCACAGCUAUUUAUGCCAUCUGAGAUAUUCCAACCAUUGAUAGAUUGUUCUAUGAUUGGGAUCACAGUACAGCAUAGAGAGGCCUCUAAUUCCAUAUUGACCUUCUUAUCCGAUAUCUUUGAUCUUACAAACUCCAGCAAGGGAGAGCAAUACUUACCUGUCAGGGAUUCUGUGAUUAUUCCUCGUGGGGCUAGCAUCACUAGAAUUUUGAUUGCCUCUUUAACAGGGGCCCUUCCUAAUUCUCGAAUAGAGCCGGUAACUUACACGCUACUGGCGUUAACUCGUGCAUACGGAGCACUUGCAGUGGAGUGGGCUAAGGAGAGUGUUUCUCUAAUUCCAUUGACGGCUGUCACGGAGGUCGAGCGGUCUAGAUUUCUGAAAGCAUUAUCUGAUGCAGCAUCUGGAUUUGAUAUUAAUAACCUGACUCUUCCAAUUGAAGAGAUGUCGGAUGUUUGCCGGCGUAACCGAACUGUUCAGGAGAUUGUUCAAGGUGCCCUGAGGCCACUUGAGUUGAAUCUGACCCCUGUAUCAUAGGAUAUUAGCGAGUGACAUGAAAAGGCCAUUUUGCGUAGGCCUCUGUUAGAUAUUAGUUACUUCGGCUGUGUAUUGGGGGUAAUAUUCUUUAUUUUUUUCCCUCGUGUUUUAAUUUUCAUUCUCCAAUUUUAGAGGAGAAUCCUUGCCCCUUCUUAUUGGGUGGGAGGAGCGAGAUCUUGCAUCUCUAUUGACGUGGGGAUCAUCGAGUGGUUUCACUUGUCUUGGCUUUUUCUUUUUCUUUUUUUUUUCUUUUUUUUUGGG